GAUAUGAAAUGUUAGGCGUUGUCAAAACGGACAAGCAUGUUGACGUACCGAAAGGGGCAGGGAACUUGUUCUGUCAUUACUGAACUCUAGCCUAAUGAAAAUGGCAUGGCAACGUGAUGGAAAUAUACCCCUAAGCGCGCUCAACCCACAAUAUUUACAAGCAAAUUCCACCAGCCACACCUGGCCUUUUGGGGCAUUUGCUGAGCUAAUCGACAAUGCCUACGACCCAGACGUCAAUGCCAAACAGCAAUGGAUCGACUCGACUCAGAUACGGACAAUGGACUGUCUGAUCUUCAGUGACAAUGGGGCUGGUCUGGACUAUAACAACAUGCUCAAGAUGAUGAGUUUUGGCUACAGUAACAAGAAGCCAAUUAAUGGCCAUGCCCCUGUGGGUCAAUAUGGAAACGGGUUCAAGUCAGGCUCCAUGCGUCUGGGGAAGGAUGCCAUCGUCUUCUCGAAAACCCGGGACACCAUGAGCGUGGGGCUCCUGUCUCAGACGUACCUGAAAGCCAUUCAGGCUCAGCAUAUUGUGGUGCCCAUCAUCUCCUGCAAACAAAAUGGAGAAGAGAAGUUCAGUGAUGUGCCAGAUCAUAGUGAUAGCCUGGAAGCUAUUCUGAAACACUCGCUGUUUGGAACAGAGGACGAGCUACUGCAGGAGUUGCAGGCCAUCAAUACCACCAAUUCCUCCACAGGAACCAGGAUCAUCAUAUGGAACCUACGCAGGUUCACAGGGGAGACGGAGUUUGAUUUCGAAAAGGACCGGUACGACAUACAGAUCCGACGUGUGGAUUUGGGUGAUGAUAACAAUCAUCAGGACCCCAACAAGGUCUCCGAACCAGAGAGCCAAUACUCCCUGCGUGCAUACUGCAGCAUUCUGUACCUGAAGCCCCGAAUGCAGAUCAUCAUCAGGGGGCAGAAAGUGCGGACUCAGCUGGUCUCCAAAAGUCUGGCUCUCACCCGCAAGGACCGAUACACGCCACAAUUUCUGAAGAAGAAUAUCAACAUUACCUUUGGGUACAACACCAGAAACAAGGAGAAUUGUGGUGUAAUGAUGUACUACAAAAAUCGACUGAUACGAGCGUAUGAGCGUGUUGGCUGCCAGCGCAAGGCCACACCGAAGGCUAUGGGAGUUAUCGGCAUUAUAGAGUGCGACUUCCUCACACCAACACACAACAAGCAGGACUUUGAUGCCACAGAGGAGUACAGGAAAGUAAAACAGAAGCUGGGAGAGAAGCUGGAGGAAUACUGGUGUGAAAUACGCUACAUAAAAUCGAAAAAGGAUCCAAGCUGCGACUUGGCAAUAGAGGACACCGAGAAGUCUCCAGAUCAGAACUGGGUCCAGUGUGACAAGUGCCAUAAAUGGAGGAAGUUGCCAGAUGAAAUAGAUAUGAGCAAGCUGGGUGAUGUCUGGUUCUGCCACUUGAAUUCAGACCCCCAGUACAGAAUCUGCCAAGCAGAAGAACAACUGGAGGACUCUGAGGAUGAGCAGCCUUACCAGAAGACCUAUAAACAGGAUAAGAAACAGCAGCAGGAGAAGAACAGGUGGCAGACAAUGACACAACAGAAUGCUGAAGAAGCUAUACCAGCACAGAGCACUUCGACUCCACCCUCAACACGCAGUAGCAGAAGCCAGUGUUCCAGUGGCACAAGAGCAGAGGGUGAUUUCACUGACAGAACCUCUCCCACCCUCACUCCUGUCAGUCGUUCUGGCCGGAGGCUCUCUGCCCAGCAGACACCUCUCAGCACGCGCUCCAAACGCACAACUAUGAGGGGCAAGAGGGUGUUGUUAACCCCAGAGUCUGAGCAGGUAAAAAGGGCAAAGAUGAGCCAGAGCACAUCAUCGGCAGCUGAUAUGGAGGCGGUGCCACAGGACACCCCAGACGUCCCCCUAUUAGUGGAGGAAAUGGGAGAGCCAGUGUCACCCUGUGAUCUCGAUAGGGCUAGCAAUGAGCACACUAACCUACAAGUCAGUGAUGGAGCCCCCGCACAAGAGUACAUGCAUUCCCACGACCUGACAGUAUCCAUCACCGCUCUAUCACCUGUGCCGCAGCAAGUGACUGCUGCAUCCCAAACGGAGGGUGUGGCAGAGAUAAAGCAGGAGCUAGAGGAGGAGAGGACAAGGAGCUGGCGAGAGGAUGAGACUUCAGAGCAGACGCAGCUCCAGAAGAGAGAGACCAGGGAGCUCACAGAUUCAGGUGAAGGAGUGCGCCCCUCCCAAGAGAUGCAGCAGGACUGGCUGUUCAAGCAGUGGGAGAUAGUCUGUAAGGAGAGAGACCUGUACUUGGAGCAGUGGGAGACAGCCAGUAAAGAGGGAGACUGUUACAAGGACCAGGUGGAGAUAGCCAAUCAGGACCGAGACCAGUACAAGGAGCAGAUGGAGACAGCCAAUCAGGAGAGAGACCGUUACAGGGACCGGGAGGAGACAGCCAAUCAGGAGACAGACCGUUACAGGGACCAGGUGAAGAAAGCCAAUCAGGAAAGAGACCAAUACAAGGUGCAGAUGGAGACAGCCAAAGACCAGUGCAAGGAGCAGAUGGAGACAGCCAAUCAGGAGAGAGACCAGUACAAAAGGCAGAUGGAGACAGUCAAAGACCAGUAUAAGGAGCAGAUGGAGACAGCCAAUCAGGAGAGAGACCAGUACAAGAGGCAGAUGGAGACAGUCAAAGACCAGUACAAGGAGCAGAUAGAGACAGCCAAUCAGGAGAGAGACCAGUACAAAAGGCAGAUGGAGACAGCCAAAGACCUGUACAAGGAGCAGAUGGAGACAGCCAAUCAGGGGGGAGACCAGUACAAGAAGCAGAUGGAGACAGCCAAUCAGGAGAGAGACCAGUACAAGAUGCAGAUGGAAACAGUCAAAGACCAGUAUAAGGAGCAGAUGGAGACAGCCAAUCAGGAGAGAGACCAGUACAAGUUGCAGGUGGACAAGCUGAACCAGAAACUGCAGCAGAUGAGGGCUAGCAGUGAGCCAUGUGACCAGGUCCCAGGGGGAGAAGAUCACCUGGCCCGACAGUUGGAGUUCAUCCACAGGGAUCUGGACCUGAGCAAUGUGGAGAGAGACCAACUGAGGAGCCAGCUGCAGAACCUGCGUCUGAGUGUCAGCCGUCUCCUGGUGAUCCUCAUACCUGUGCUGGACCUGGAGCAGGUAAACUAUGAGAGCUGCAUCAUUGAAGAGAUCCUGGAACAGUACCUAGAUGGUAUCAGUUCUUCCCAACCCACAUUUCUUUGAGAAGAAACCAGUCCCUGUCACUCCAACACCUUACCACCAGACCGCCAGAAGUGACCAAAUGCAUCGCACCUUUAAGAUUUCUUGUUAAACAUAGGGCCUUUGUUUACAGCAUUAAUCCUUUCAGUCCCAUGCCCAAUAUCAAGUGGCAACACCCCAAACCCCAAAGGGUUGGUUGAGAAAAUUUAGUAGGGUCUUAAUAGGGGCUCAAAGCAAUAUAAUGGCUGUAAUUUUGAUUGUUUUAAAAGGUUUAGCACUCUUGGGACUGAAAGGGUUUCAUAUGUAACAUCAUUUUCAUACAUCCUGUAUUCUUUGUGUAUUUCUCUGACUUUUGUAAUUGUGGUCCAAGAGCUUGCAAUUCCCAACUUUAACAGUUUAAUGUAACAAUUAUUUCAUAAUUUACAUUUCAUUGGUUUUCUUUUGAUAAAUUGCAUUUGAAAAACUUAACUGAAAACAUUCCUCUAUUAUGCCUCCAUUUCUUUUAUUUUUUUCAAUUUGGCAUGUCGGACAUUCUAAUUUCUUCCUUAUUUGGUCCUGUCCAAUUAUCUGUAACUGCAGCCACAUUCAUGCAUAAUCCCUACUGCUGAUUUAGGGAAGUGUAGACAUAUGUGUGUUCUCUGAAAUACCAGCUGAUUGUUUUCACAUCAGAGACCACACCUAAGCUUGUAUAGAGUGGAGUUUGAGGAAGACCUUUCCUAUGCAGCUUUGACAUGCAGUCCGUGGGCACCUGCCCGACCAAUGGGGGUUGUUAGAGAGCGGUGAAAUAGAGACCCCUAACUGACAGAAGCUGGGCGACUCAAUUGCCAAUUAUGCGUCGCCCUGUGGAGCUGCCAACUGCAUUCAGCACUGGCAUGGUCCAGAUUUGAUCCAAGAAUGUGGGGCUCACCAUUAAGGCUUGCUGCCUUAAUUGAAUGAGCCACCCAGUGAUGUUAUUGAGUGAAUGAGAAGUGAUGUUAAUGUUUUAACUGUCUUUUUUAAUUUUGAGUAUUAAAUGCUAGAGUAGUUUUAAUCCAGAAUCAUAGAUUAUAGAAUUCCUGUCAGCCCUGUAUAAUACUUUGUAUGCUAACAUUCUGUCCAUGUCACAUAUCAUAUCUUUCUAUCUAAUCAUUAACACAGUUGUCAAUGCCAGAUCCUUCCCACACCCCUGCAAGUGUUGUUAAGUCUUAUAGCCAAAAUAAAUUGAAUAAAUUGAGAACUGUUGUGUA